AUGGAACAUCUUAAAGUACAAAAAAAUUCCACUGAUAUAAAUCUGACAGGAUCAACCCUACUCUCUCAAGGAACUGGUUCAAACGAAGGCACAACUUGGAUCAAGCCUACAAGUGAUACAACAUCUGAUAUUGAGAGACGUGCAACAUCACCAGAAGGGUCUGCUUCCAAUGAUAUAAAUCAGACAGUAUCAACCCAACUCUCACCAGAAAUUGGUACUAAAAAAGGCUUAACUUGGAUUAAGCCAACAAGUGAUACUACAUCUGAUAUUGAGAGACGUGCAACAUCACCAGAAGGGUCUGCUUCCACUGAUAUAAAUUUGACAGAAUCAACCCUAGUCCUACAAGAAACUGGUACUAACGAAGGCUCAACUUGGAUUAAGCCAACAAAAACUGGUACUAACGAAGGCUCAACUUGGAUUAAGCCAACAAGUGAUACUACAUCUGAUAUUGAGAGACGUGCAACAUCACCAGAAGGGUCUGCUUCCACUGAUAUAAAUUUGACAGAAUCAACCCUAGUCCUACCAGAAACUGAUUCAAACGAAGGCUCCACUGCGACCAAUCCUACAAGUGAAACUAAAUCUGAAUUGAACAUAAGUGAAACAUCACCAGAAGGGUCUGCUUCGACUGAUAUAAAUCUGACAGGAUCUACCCUACUCUCUCAAAAAAGUGGUACAAAUGUAGGCUCAACUUGGAUAAAGCCUACAAGUGAUACUACAUCUGAUAUUGAGAUACGUGCAACAUCACGAACAGGGUAUACUGCUACUGAUAUAAUUCAGACAGGUUUAACGCUACCCUCACAAGAAACUGGUAUAACCGAGGGUUCAACCUGGAUCAUGCCUACAACAGAUAGUACAUUUGAUAGUGUGAGACCUGAAAGUUGCCAAAAGUGUGGAAGAAAAAAUUUCCGAAAGUUUGCAAUUAAAACAUGCCAAAAGUACGGCAUAAAAACUUGCCAAAAAUGUGGAAUAAAAAAGUAUUGGUUAUACUAUUACUAUUAUUUGAUUAUUUAAUAAUGAAUAAUAAAACGGAGGAAUAAAAUAAAAUUAUUGAUUUAAAAUAA